AUUUUGGUCUUUCCUUUUACCCUUUUUUCUUCUCUUCGUCUACACAACCAACUCUCUAAUUCAGACCAAAUAUCUUCAUAAUUACGUUUCACCAUCCAUUAAUUUGCAUAAACUAGCCAAAUUCAACUUCAAAACUCCUCAAUCGUCUUCAUAAAUCUCUCCGAUUUCUUGCAUUCUCCGCCUCUUAAACUGGCAAUGUUGAAUCGACCAUACACAAAGCAAAAGGGGAUUCUGAUAGCUUAGCAAACAAAAACCCUAAAAGCAUCCGGAAUUAUGGAAGAGUCUCGAGAAGUUCAUACCGAUGAGAAUAGAGCUCUUCCAGAGAAGAAACAGAAGAGGAUUGUCAAGACACCAUCUCAAGUGACAGCACUAGAGAACUUCUAUAAUGAACAUAAAUACCCUACAGAGGCAAUGAAAUUAGAACUUGCAGAGUCAAUAGGAUUAACAGAAAAGCAAGUUUCUGGGUGGUUUUGCCAUAGAAGGUUGAAGGACAAGAAAUCACCGAAUGAUGAAGUUCAAGCACAUGGAAAACAAGAUCGGUCAAGUGGUGUCAUACAGGAUCGUGGCAGUGGACUCCGACAGGAUUCCUGUGGCAGCACCAAACAAGGAGAUAACAAGCUUUCUGAUCCAAAGGAAGUUGAAAGUAGAAGAUUUACUGCCGAAGGGCUUUUACCAACAGAACUUCGGUAUGAGCAUGGGAGUCAGCACAACAGUGUCAUGGAUGAUGAUACAUCUUCAGGAAGUAGCUCACCAUUGAAGGAUAAUUUUCAUCCUCAAAAUGUGGAUCGUUUAGGUACAGUAACAUCAAAAUAUCCAACUCAUAAUGAUGUGAAAAGCAUAAAGGGAAGGGUUGGCCCAUCAGGAUAUUUAAAGGUGAAAGGUCAGGUCGAAAAUGCUGCAAUUACAGCCGUCAAGAGGCAACUGGGUAGGCAUUAUCGAGAGGAUGGUCCACCACUUGGUAUUGAAUUUGAGCCACUUCCGCCUGGUGCAUUCGAGAACCCAGUCAAGAUUCCAGUCAACCAAUCCUACUAUGUUGGUGACCGCACUGCACUUCAUUCACUGGAUGGAUCUAAAACAUUCCAACUUCCUAACACAAGCAAGAUGUAUGAAAGAUACAAUCCGAAGAGCUAUCAUCCCACAGAUUUGGAUGAGUCAGGUUUAGAGAUGAGGCAUGCAUCCAAGCAUCGUGAAAAACACUCUGACAGCCAAUAUAAGCAAACACCUCCUUUGUCUAAGCAUAGAAGUUCUCUAUCUGGGAGGAGCUUGCAGAUGGAAGUAAAUGACGAUUCUGCUGGAGAAACAUCAGUUCACGACCUUAGGGAGCACAUUGAAAUGAGAACAAAGCAUGGUCCUGGAGUAAAGAGACCAGAUUCUCUAUCUAACCGUCAUCUAAUUGCCUACGGAAAAAACAUUGAUGGCAAGCAAGCAGAGAACUACCCGCGUAGCCACAAUAGCGGGACCCCGAAGGUUAUCUAUAGAGACCGUAUCGAACCUAUUACUUCAGAUUUGAUCAUUAAUCGGAGUGAAUUUGUUGAAUCGGAGGACAGAGGGCUGUCCAGGAAGACACCUAAGGAUGAUGAAUUCAAUGGACAAAGAAGAGGAAUUGAUGAAUACUCCAAACUGGUUUCUGCAAAGAUUCAUCCAGGAAAUGAAAUGAGGGUUAAUAAUGCAGUUAUUAAGAGAAGUAGGGAUGAGUUUACACAGCAAGGGUAUCCAAGGAAAGAGGCAGUUUUUGACAUAUCUCCAAGAAUCACUAAAAUUAAAAGGUCGACUGUGCAGAUGACCUCUAGUUUUAGUGAUGAUGAAACCGCGGAAACUACAUCUUCGGGCGAUUGAGAUGCUAUCAUGUUGUGAAAAGCAAAGUCUAAUUGUCUAUUAGUUUAAACUCUGGGAGGCUGAGGGUAGUAUUGACAUUGUAAGCAGGAUCCUUAACUUGUUCAGGUUUGAAGUUGCAACCAAUGUAUUGCACCGCUUAACUUUUUUCUCUUUUUUUUCCUAAAUUGUAUAUAUUAGCAGUUUUUGUUGAAAUUGUUUGAUGAAAAGAAUUGCUUCGUGCC